AGUGAUAACUAGUCGAUAAAUUAAGCUUAGUCUGCUAAUUUUUUCCAGUCUAGCUGAUGUUUACAGACAGACAAUGUGCUAUUUUAAGCUCGCGUAAUUUGAUUUUUUGGAAUCUAAAAAACAAUGAAGGAUUUUAUUAUUGCACUCCUAGUGUCUAUUUGGAUUCAUCAUGGAUUUACUCAGAUAGCAACAUUUGACGUGAGAUUAGGGAACUUAUACUUAAUGCAACGAGGAUUAGGGUCGCCAUAUGAAUUAAGAGUAGCAAAGGGACAUGAAGCUCUUUUAAAACUGAACAGAGAGUUGGUAAACCAGCAGUCUUGUUCGGUCACAACACCAAAAGGCGUCACGUUUGAUGUUCGACAGCCCCCUCAAAACAGAUACGAAAGUUGGAGCGAUGGAUGCGGUGUGAGAGUCCGUAACAUAAUUAAAGAAGACGAAGGCAGAUGGAGGUUAACUGCUACUAGAGGAAAUUAUUCUAUAACUGGAUGGUCUGAAGUGCAUGUUCAAGAUGAAAUACCAGAAUACCAUCCAACACCAAUAGCUCUACAAGACGGGGAAAGGCACGCUCAUGUUGAUCUCACUACGCUCAACAGCGCCUACUGUUUGGUUGAACAGCCCUUUUCUGAUAUUUCGUUUGUGCCUGGACACUGCAGCGUGACUUUGGAUCGGACCACGAGAGCGGUUCAAGGGAACUGGAAUGUUGUCCUUGGUCUGCCAGGACAAGUAGCAGAAGUACAAGCCAACACCAAAGUUGAGGUGGAAGUUGAAAGUUUGGACACGGGAUACGUACAAGAUACGAAUGCUAAGAAGUUACAUUUGUACUGCAACAUAUUGCAUACACAGAAGAAUAUCACAUUUUGUCGUUUCCAAAAGAUAACGGAACAUGUUGGUUAUAAUAUUAUGAACGGCUUGAGCGAUGGUGCGCACAGUUAUUACGGGGACGGUUUCGAGAUGCGACACUGUGGUAUGACGGUGGAAAAUCCAACUGAACAAGUGUUCGGUACGUGGCGGUGUACUGUGGGAGUUCAGGAAAGGGUCGGCACUCAAAUACACCAGAGGACACCGAUGCAAGCGUUGAUUAGGGUUUCCCCAUACAAUUUAGGUUCAAGAAUCAUGAAUGAAGUUAAUGAAGACAGCAUUGCGAGUAGAACGAUCUUUGUACAAAGGGAUAUGGGUUUCACAAUAACGUGCAGAGCUGAGGUUUCAUUGAGCUAUUGUUGGUUUCAACAUCCGAACGGAACCCAGUACACUCCUGUGCCACGGAGCGAUGAUUCCGAUGACAGUUUAUUUUGGUAUGCCGGUGAAAGUCUUCAAACUGGCGAUUGUGGUAUAUCGUUUUCUUACGCUACGGAUGAAGACUCCGGAGAAUGGACUUGUCAUAUGGGUCCAAGAAGGCAAAUGGGAGUCGAACUUACCGAUAAAUUAGUAGUUCGUGUGACUGGUCCGUUAGCGGCUAGUCAAAAGGAGAUCCCUACGGUGAUUGAUGGGAGUGCUACAUUGUUUUGUAAAACGUCGAAUGGGAACAGACCGUUGGAAUACUGUCGGUUCUUGUCCCCAAAAUUUGUUGGCAUUAGCAUUGAUCCGUCUGUUACAAAGGAAAACGCAAUACUGGGCAGAUACUUUUUUACAACCGGCAGAGAUUUAGAUUAUGGUGAUUGUUCUUUGACGAUUAUAUCGGUAACCAAUGAUGACUUAGGAGAGUGGACAUGCGCUGCUCUACUACACGACGAGGCCGCGGAGAGUAGAGACAUCAUGACACUCUACGUCGAACAAAGAAGUUCAGUUCGAUUUCGGGCUGAUAUAUUGGGGAUGGCUGGUGGCGUUGUUCUGCUGGCUGUAGUUUUAAUAUGUGUUUUGUGGUAUAAACGCGAGAAAAUUCGUUCUUAUUGGAAAAAAACAGAUUCUAGCAGCAGAACAGAUAACGUGUCCCUCCAAACGUUUUCUGCGGCUAGCUGGCGCAAAGACAGCGACAGUAGUGGAAGUGCCAAUGGAUCCCAAAAAGCCGGGUCUCGCGACAUUUCAUAAUCACAUACGUAUUCAAACUGGUUGAAGUACUAAUGAUUUUAUCUUUUUUUUUUAUUGCUUAGAUGGGUGCACGAGCUCACAGCCCUGGAGCCCAUAGACAUCCACAACGCAAAUGUCUCAGGUAUAGCUAGAACGGCUGCCCCACCCUUCAAACCGAAACGUAUCUUUCUUUAUUAUAUUUCUUUAUUCUAUUCAUCUUUCUUUAUUCUUUAUUCUCUCAUCUAUCUUUCGAAAUAGUUAAAAUCCGAUAAAAAAUAUAGAUCUUUUACAAUAUUGAAAAAUGAAAAUAAAGAUGACAUGGUUCCUUUUCAAAGAUUAAUGACGCUGUUUUUUUUAAGUAUGACAGAGACGUCUCAAUUGUUAAAAUUUUAAGUAAACACAUGAAUUGUAAUCGGACUUAAUAAUCUGUUGAAAACAAAGUAAUAAUCGAAGAUAAUUAAAAUCUAUCAGACGCUCAAAUGAUAAUAAAACGAAGGGAGGAAUUUCUUAGCAAAUCACCGUGCGAGUGGCGGGUCUAUCGUGUUGCAGAGAGAGGAAUAAAUAUUAUACGAAUUAUACGAAGAAUGCUAGCGGACUUGUUGGAUUGAUACUGUUGGAUUUUAUAGUUGAGCCUUCUUUCAUGAAGUCUAUUUGUUUUUUAUUUAUUAUAAAAUAAAAUAAAAUAAUUUUAUAGAAUACGGAACGGGUAAAAACAUCUAUACUUCAUAAAAAAUUACAUAUUUUAGUUUUUAAGUAAAUAUUAUCUUGAAUAGCAGGAAACACGAAUUAUUAUUGUGGACUAUUUGGGCUUAGAGUAUUAUUUGGAAAGAUAAUAUACAAAUUAAUACGGACGUAGAGCAGCAAGGAAAGAAAUAUGUUUAUGAUUCGUUCGCGUCUCUGGACCUGUCAUGAAUUAUUUAUAUCAUUAUCUACCAGCUUAUUAGGCAUCGCUGUCUGCGAUCUUUUUCUGUGAUACCGAAUUAUAUUGCAAUGUAUUAUUUAUUUUUCUAUUAAACUGAAAUGAUUUAAUUA